UCCUCCCUCCAUCAGUUCUCGUCCUGUUCUUUGCUACGUACGGCUCUGUGCCUAGCUAGCAAUAGCAUAGCAAUGAGGGCGCUUGGAACGGUUGCUUGGGCAUGGCUGCUGCUCCUGCAGCAGCUCGCCGGGGCCUCUCAUGUCGUCUACGAGAACCUUGAGGUGGAGGCGACGACAGCCGCCGUGCGGCCCUCCAUUGUCGACCCCCUGCUGAGGACCGGGUACCAUUUCCAGCCUCGCAAGAACUGGAUCAAUGAUCCCAACGCUCCACUGUACUACAAGGGGUGGUACCAUCUCUUCUACCAAUACAACCCGAAGGGCGCGGUGUGGGGCAACAUCGUGUGGGGCCACUCGGUGUCGCGAGACCUGAUCAACUGGGUGGCCCUGCAACCGGCGAUCGAGCCGAGCAUCCCGUCCGACAGGUACGGGUGCUGGUCGGGGUCGGCGACGACGCUGGCCGACGGCACGCCGGCGAUCAUGUACACGGGCGUGAACCGGCCGGACGUGAACUACCAGGUGCAGAACGUGGCGUACCCGCGGAACAGGUCGGACCCGCUGCUGCGGGAGUGGGUGAAGCCGUCGCACAACCCCAUCAUCGUGCCCGGGGGCGGCAUCAACGCGACGCAGUUCCGGGACCCGACCACGGCCUGGCGCGCCGCGGGAGACGGCCUCUGGCGCCUGCUCAUCGGCAGCGUCACCGAGGCGCGCCACGGCGUGGCGUACGUGUACCGGAGCCGCGACUUCAGGCGCUGGACGCGGGCGCGGCGGCCGCUCCACUCGGCGGCCACGGGGAUGUGGGAGUGCCCCGACUUCUACCCGGUCGGCGCGCCCGGCCGGCGCGCGGGCGUCGAGACGGAGACGUCGGCGGUGUCCGACGGCGACGGCGGCUCUCCUCGUCGUCGUCAGCAGGCCAAGUACGUGCUGAAGAACAGCCUCGACCUGCGGCGGUACGACUACUACACCGUCGGCACGUACGACCGGGCGGCCGAGCGGUACGUGCCGGACGACCCCGCCGGCGACGAGCGCCACCUGCGGUACGACUACGGCAACUUCUACGCGUCCAAGACGUUCUACGACCCGGUGAAGCAGCGGCGGGUGCUCUGGGGCUGGGCCAACGAGUCCGACACCGCCGCCGACGACGUGGCCAAAGGGUGGGCUGGGAUCCAGGCGAUUCCUAGGACGGUGUGGCUAGACCCCAGCGGGAAGCAGCUCCUGCAGUGGCCUAUCGAGGAGGUGGAGGCUCUGAGAGGCAGGUCGGUCGCUCUCAAGAACAGGGUGAUCAAGCCAGGACAGCACGUCGAGGUCACCGGGAUACAAACGGCACAGGCCGACGUGGAGGUGAGCUUCGAGGUGUCGAGCCUGGCGGGCGCCGAGGCGCUGCUGGACCCGGCGCUGGCCAGCGACGCGCAGCGGCUGUGCGGCGCCAGGGGCGCGGCCGUGGAGGGCGGCGUGGGCCCGUUCGGGCUGUGGGUGCUCGCCUCCGGCGACCGCGAGGAGAGGACCGCCGUGUUCUUCAGGGUGUUUCGCCGCGGCGGCGGCGGCGGCCACGACAAGCCCGUGGUGCUCAUGUGCACCGACCCCACCAAGUCAUCUCUGGACGCGAACCUGUACCAGCCGACGUUCGCAGGUUUUGUCGACACAGACAUUUCUAACGGGAAGAUAUCUCUCAGAACCCUGAUCGACCGGUCGGUGGUGGAGAGCUUUGGAGCCGGUGGCAGGACCUGCAUCCUGUCGAGGGUGUACCCGUCGAUCGCCAUCGGCAGCAAGGCUCGCCUCUACGUGUUCAACAACGGGAGGGCUGACGUCAGGGUGUCCCGUCUCACCGCGUGGGAGAUGAAGAAGCCACUCAUGAACGGCGCUUGAAAUGUUUUUAUUACGUGCGAUAAGUUGGAUUUAAUUGCGUGAUAUGGAAUGGUGCUCGCCUUUGUACAAUAUGGCUAGAUUAUACAAAAAUGAGAGCUUCCACGCUCGGUCGUGUGGAAAAACCUAUGAUGAGUGUGUACGAUUUUAGGGAUGUUCGAUUCAGAUGCCACUACACGGGCAAUAACUAUAUUCUAAUUCAUGAUUUCA